GGCCCCGGCACUGCCAUGGACGGCCCGCUCCUGUCUGUGCUGCUGCUGCUGUUGCUCAGGGCCUGGAGCCUGGGGGGCCAGGGGCCGGAGCCGGGGGGUCCCUCGGAGGAGCCCGGGAAGGAGGAGGUUCCUGAGGAGGAUGGGAUCCUGGUGCUGAGCCACCGCACCCUGGGCCGGGCCCUGCAGGAGCACCCUGCCUUGCUGGUGGAGUUUUAUGCCCCGUGGUGUGGGCACUGCAAGGCGCUGGCCCCUGAGUACAUCAAGGCAGCUGCCCUGCUGGCAGCAGAGUCAGCCAAAACCAGGCUGGCCAAGGUGGAUGGGCCUUCAGAGCCAGAGCUGACCAAGGAGUUUGCUGUGACCGAGUACCCCACACUCAUGUUCUUCCGCGACGGGAACCGCACGAACCCGGAGGAGUAUACUGGCCCCCGGGAAGCCGAGGGCAUUGCUGAGUGGCUGCGGCGGCGGGUGGGGUCCAGCACCACACGCCUGGAGGAUGAAGAGGGCGCCCAAGCAUUGAUAGAUGCCCACGACGUAGUGGUCAUCGGCUUCUUCCAGGACCUGCAGGAUGAGGAUGUGGCCACCUUCCUGGCUCUGGCCCAGGAUGCUCUGGACAUGACCUUUGGCCUCACUGAUCGUCCGCAGCUUUUUCAGAAGUUUGGCCUCACCAAGGACACUGUGGUCCUUUUCAAGAAGUUUGACGAGGGGCGGGCAGACUUCCCAGUGGAUGAGGAGCUGGGCCUGGACCAGGGUGAUCUGUCCAGCUUCCUCCUCACGCACAGCAUGCACCUGGUCACGGAGUUCAACAGCCAGACGUCCCCCAAGAUCUUUGCGGCCAGGAUCCUCAACCAUUUGCUGCUGUUCAUCAACCAGACACUGGCCCCGCACCAGGAGCUGCUGGCAGGCUUUAGGGAGGCAGCUCCCCCAUUCCGGGGGCAGGUGCUGUUCGUGGUGGUGGAUGUGAGUGCCAACAACAACCACGUGCUACAGUACUUCGGGCUCAGGGCAGAGGAGGCCCCCACCCUGCGCUUCAUCAACAUGGAAACCACCAAGAAGUACAAGCCUGCAGACAGGGGGCCGGUCACUGCAGCCUGGGUCACCACCUUCUGCCACUCAGUCCUCAGCGGCAAGGUCAAGCCCUAUCUUCUGAGUCAAGAGGUCCCCCCUGACUGGGACCAGCAUCCUGUCAAGACUCUUGUGGGCAAGAAUUUCGAGCAGGUGGCUUUUGACGAAACCAAGAAUGUGUUCAUCAAGUUCUAUGCCCCGUGGUGUACCCACUGCAAGGAGAUGGCACCAACCUGGGAGGCACUGGCCGAAAAGUACAGGGACCACGAAGACAUCAUCAUUGCCGAGCUAGAUGCCACGGCCAAUGAACUGGAGGGCUUUGCUGUGCAGGGCUUUCCCACCCUCAAGUAUUUCCCAGCAGGGCAGGGUCGGAAGGUGAUUGAAUACAAAAGUGCCAGAGACCUGGAGACCUUCUCCAAGUUCCUGGACAACGGGGGCAAGUUACCCGAAGAGGAGCCCGCUGAGGAGCCCUCAGCUCCCUUCCCGGAUACAUUAGCCAACUCCACCGUGGAUCUCAAGGAGGAGCUGUAGCCACGCCAUCAGUGCAGGGGAGCCAUCUCCUCGGUGCCUGGGAAAUUGUGGGCAUCGAAUAAAGAGUUCUGGUCCUGGA